CUCCCUGCUGUACAAAAGUGCUGGAAGUGGAGAUAAUAAUGAGGAGAAUAAGGAGGGGUUGAUUGCACUGUACGAGAAGCGCGGUGGGGGACAAUCACCCGGUAUGGUCUCUGUGCGUCUGACUGAGCAGCUGAAGCGGGUGAAGGAGGUGCUGGCGACCUGGAAGAAAGUGGACGACCGUGUCUCCAAGCUGUGCCUCACUUCACGUGCUGCGGUGAGUGCCCUAACUGAGAAUGCCUGCACUACUGAUAAGAUCACGGAUGGGCUGGUUGGCUUUUUGUCCGGCAACUUUUUUUGGAAUACAUGGAUGGACGAGUACCUCGGGGUGAAUGCCACAGUAAAGGAAGGAACGGAAAAAAAAGUGACCAGCACGGAGAAGGGCGUGACUUUCCGGGGAGCGUGGGUGGAGUGGCCUGUUGGCAGUCAGGGGCAGACCGUGCCGUACUACUUUGCGAACUACAACUUCACUCUGGUGGCGACGGUGUCCAUCCACAAUCUGCCGAGGGGAGAUAACCCCAUUCCAUUGAUGGGUGUGCGUCUGGACGGUGGAAAAAAACUUGUGGAGUUGUCGUACGACAGCCAAAAUAAGUGGUGGGUGCUGUGCAGUGACGGAACGACCAAGAGGCUCAGCAGCACUUGGGCGACAGAGACACAGUACCAAGUGUCCAUUGUGCUACAGAACGGUGCCCAGGGCUCCGUGUACGUCGAUGGUCAGCGUGUGUGUGGGAGUGCGCAACGUGGAUUGGAAGCAACAGAACCGCAAGAGAUCUCCCACUUCUACAUUGGAGGGGAUGGAGGCAGCGCAGGGGGCCAAGGAGACGUCUCUGUGACUGUGAGGAACGUCCUGCUGUACAACCGCCCGUUGACUUUUUCUGGCCCCGAUGCCGAAGUGGAAAAAGAUGUUGGGUCACCAGCGGGAGCUGUUUCUCGCACCAAAACAGGGGAUGAAAUGAAAACGGAGGGGAAGCCUGCCACCACACAGCAAGUGCCGACGGCUCCGGACUCCCAUGCCGUUGGGGAAGCAGCGGGUGAUGGCGGCACUGUGCGUGGGAGCGGACUGCUGUCAUCGCUUCUUCUGCUGUUGGGACUGUGGGGGUUUGCGGCUCUGUGA